UGAAACCCUGUCUCUUUAAAAACUGCAAAAAUUGUCUUCUUGCCUAACACAGUGGUGUUCAGAUGCUUCUUGGAGGUUGGCCAGGUGGCCUACAUCUCCUUUGGACCUCAUGCAGGAAAACUGGUCGUGAUUGUAGAUGUUACUGAUCAGAACAGGACUUUGGAUGAUGGGCCUUGCACUAAAGCGAGGAGACGGGCCAUGGCUUUCAAAUGCAUGCAGCUCACUGAUUUCAUCCUCAAGUUUCCACACAGUGCCCACCAGAAUUAUGUCCAACAAGACCGGCAGAAGGCAGACAUCAGUACAAAAUGGGCAGCCACACGAUGGGCCAAGAAGAUUGAAGCCAGAGAAAGGAAAGCCAACAUGACAGAUUGUGAUCAUUUUAAAGUUAUGAAGGCAAAGAAAAUGAGGAACAGAAUAAUCAAGAAUGAAGUUAAGAAGCUUCAAAAGGCAGCUCUCCUGAAAGCUUCUUCCAAAAAACCACCUGCUGCUAAUGGUACUGCUGCCGCAGCUGCUGCUAGAGUUCCAGCAAAAAAGAUGACUGCUGCGGGCAAGAAGGCUCCAGCCCAGAAAGCUCCUGCCCGGAAAGCCGCAGGCCAGAAGGCAGCGCCUGCUCCUGAAGCUCAGAAGGGUCAAAAAGCUAGACCCCGGCCAGACGUGGGGACCACAGAAAGCCAGGGACAGGGAACAGAGCUCUGGGCUGGGCCUGAGUGGACCAACAAGGAGGAUGAGGAGGAUGGGGACCUCCGGCCCCGGGCCCACAUGGGACUUGUCUCCAGGCCCUGA